UGUGGGACACAUUCGGCAGGAGGUACAACGAUGUAUCUAGGUACUGCCGAUGUUCAGAAGAUCACCCACUGCCAGGUUAUUCACCCAACAACGAUAGAUCACGAUGUCGGUGGUUCCUGCGCCGUGAAGCAUCACUACCCAUCGCCUAUAGUUUCUUGGAUAGAGGACCUUUCGAGCUUUGGCAGUGCUCCUUUUAGUCAUGAAACUGAGUAUGUGGAUGAGCAGUCAAGGCCUUCGGUCGGGCAGUCUUCUGCAUCUAGCAAUUUGCGUGACAUGCAAAUAUCGGUGAGAUUGACAGAUGAAUUCAUGGAACUGGCAAAGGAGAACACGAGCAAUAAUCUAGAGACCUGCGGAAUUCUCGGUGCUUCAUUUAGGGAUGGAGCUUACUAUGUGACAACGCUGGUCAUUCCAAAGCAAGAAGCAACUGCUCACUCAUGCCAAGCUUCUAAUGAGGAGGAGAUACAUGCUAUACUAUCAGAGCAGUCACUUUACCCUGCAGGCUGGAUACAUACUCACCCUUCACAAACAUGCUUUCUAUCAUCGAUCGAUUUGCACACUCAGUAUUCUUACCAGGUUAUGUUACCAGAAGCCGUUGCAAUUGUUGCUGCUCCGACAGAUCCUACUAGGAGCUAUGGAAUAUUCAGGUUGACAGACCCAGGAGGAAUGGAUGUCCUCAGGGAGUGCAGUGAAAGCGGGUUCCAUACUCACCGAGAGACAGCGGACGGGGGUCCAAUAUAUGAAACCUGCUCCAGGGUGCACUUCAAUCCUAAUUUGCGGUUUGAGAUAGUCGAUCUGCGUUCUGGUGCAUGAGCAAUGUAAUGGGGUGUACCUGCUUGUGACUCGUAUGGACUCCUCCUUUCGAGCAUACUAUGUAAAUAUGACACAUAUAGACUAGAUGAUAGUUGUUACAGGUUACUGUUUAUCAGUUUGAUGCCUAGUUGCAAA